AUGGCAAAAGCCACCAAACGAACAGGCAAGGGCAAGCAGCCCUCAACAAAAUCCACAGUGAAGCCGCCAACGCCAUUUGUCAAGGCGCCUUCAGUCUUGGAACCAUUUCUAGAGACCCUCUCGCCCAACGAAAUAUAUCUCGUACACAUCGAUCGAGAAAGUCCCGGUUUCAAAAAGCAACUUUUCAUCCUACCUGUUCUUCUUAAUGCUGCCAUUGUACUAUUCUUCGCAUACCGUAUCUACAAUGGUUUUUAUGUUUACCCCGAGAUUUUCGCCUCAGCGCUAGGAUUAUCGUCGGAAUCGACGGUGGACUUGACCUCACAGCCUAUCAAAACAGCGGCCGCCACGGUUUUAAGGCGCACCGUUACCUUCUCUAUCGACUAUUUCCUAGUUUCUAUAUUUUUGAGUUGGCCUAUCCGCUUCAUUCAGGGCCCAAUCUACUGGCGUCGAAAAGUCGGCUUCCGUCAGCGGGAGGUUGUCGUACGACAGAGCCGGAGUUCCUGGUCAGCGGAGCUUGAGCGCAAUCGCUGGAUAUAUGACGACGACAAGGUCGUUCAAGAAAGGGUCGUGCCGGCUGUAGCUCCGCAAAGAGUCAAGAAGAGCGGCUACCUCCUCAUCGAUGCCGAUUGGGAUUUGGACUAUAACGCUAUGGUUCGGGCGCACGAGCUGAUCAGUCAGAUCAGCAAGGGCACGGGAGUACAACUCGACGAAUUCCGUACGGCUAUUUUUGUGAACACGGAUGACGAGGGGUGGCUCAUCUGGCGAGUUGCCGAUGAGGAUACCAAAGAACGAGAGGAGCAACGAGACCAACUACUUGCGUUCCAGGAAAAGCUCGCGGCCAUGGGCAAGGAAGAUCUUUUCUUUCGCUGGGUUGAGCUGGUUCAAUACGAGAGUUCUCAGCCGGGCGGUUUUACCCCUGAGCGGCAACGCAAUGCCAUGCUGCAAGCUCAGGAGAUGUUUGAAUCCGAGGGGGUAGACUUUUCUCACUUUUGGCGUGAAGUUGGCGGUAUGCAAGGUGGCAUAAACCUAUCUUGA